AUGGGGAAACAACGGGUCUCGUACUUUUACCACCCAACCUGUCCACUUUUCUACUAUGGGCCGUCACAUCCGAUGAAACCACAUCGCCUAAAGCUAGCGCAUCAUUUGAUAUUGGCGUAUCACUUGUAUCCAAAAAUGGACUGCUAUAGAUGUCAUCCGGCAUCGGCCAGUGAAAUGGCAGCCUUCCACUCGGAAGAGUACGUCAAUUUCUUGGCCAAAAUCUCACCCGACAAUUUACGACAAUAUUCUGGUGUGCUACAAAAGUUCAAUGCUGGUGAUACCACUGAUUGUCCUGUAUUUGAUGGGCUGUAUGAGUUCACCCAAUUGUAUACCGGAGCAAGCAUAGAUGGAGCGAUCCAGUUAAACCAGCAACAAGCGGACAUUUGCAUCAACUGGAGCGGCGGACUGCAUCAUGCAAAGAAAUCAGAAGCGUCUGGUUUCUGUUAUAUCAACGAUAUUGUGCUAGCGAUUUUGGAGCUCCUGAAGGUUCAUGCUCGAGUGCUGUAUAUUGACAUUGAUGUCCACCAUGGGGAUGGAGUUGAAGAAGCCUUUUAUACCACAGAUCGAGUAAUGACCUUUAGUUUGCACAAGUAUGGUGACUUCUUUCCUGGAACUGGCCACCUUCAGGAUAUGGGUGCAAGAGAAGGAGUUGGUUACUCUGUGAAUGCACCGCUACAAACCGGAAUUACUGAUGAAACGUAUUUGGAAGAGCUAUUCAUCCCGGUGAUGGACAAAAUAAUCGAAGUUUUCAACCCGGGUGCUAUUGUAUUGCAAUGUGGUGCAGACUCCUUGACUGGAGAUCGUCUCGGAUGUUUUAAUCUUACAACCAAAGGUCAUGCCCAAGCCGUUCGUCACGUUCAAUCAUACAAUCGGCCAACUUUGGUUUUGGGGGGAGGGGGGUACACGAUUCGAAACGUUGCUAGGUGCUGGGCGUACGAAACUGCAGUUUUGCUAGGAGAGGACAUUGAUAAUCAAAUUCCUUUCAAUGAUUAUUAUGAAUACUAUGCGCCGGACUACGAGCUGCAUCUUAAGCCUGAUCCAAACAUGGAGAAUGCUAAUGAUUCUCUCGGCAAUAUACGAACGGAACUUUUGCAACAAUUGUGUGACUUACAAGGAGCCCCCUCGGUCCAAAUGCAAGAAGUUCCGCCACCGUUUCGGACAGUAGAUGACGAAGAAGGGUCAGAGACGACAGCAGUCAGCAAAAAGCAAAGUUCUGCUGAGCUAUACGAUAAUGUAGACUAG